CAAUGUAUAGUAACUGGCGCAGCGGGAUAAACAAGGCACGCAUCGAAAUUUUCUCUUGAAAAUGUAACCGUGGUAUGUGGGCAACAGUCUUAUAACUGCCAACUGAUUUGGAGUCUGUAUCCAGUGAACUUGAAACAUUGCAAAGCGUACGGAAUUUUUACAGAAAUCCUACAUGCCGUUGGACUUUUUUUCCAAGAAAAUUGCUGAUGGAAAACGCAACCGCUCAUUAACAAGAAGUUUGUUUUUACCCGGAACGAACAAUUAUGAUAGCGGGUUUUCGAGUCUGAGCCCUCCGACGAUUCCGAGAUGGAGAUCGCAUGAAACAUUGGAGAGCAAAAUGAAAACAACAUCACCAGAUAGCGUGGACCUGUCAAUCAGUGGUCACGUGACAGUCCGUCCCAUCCAUCCCAGCAUUCUCUCUAGGCAGCACUGCUUCCAAGUAACCACGCCGCAUGAAACCAAGUACUUCUCAUGUCGAAGCUCACAAGAACUCGAAAAAUGGGUUGUAAGCAUCAAGAAAUCAAUCCAGCCAACGAGAGAUGUACAGUACAGGACGGACAUCGGUUUAACAGUGUGGAUUGUGGAAGCCAAGGGUCUGACUGACAAACCUAAACGACGGUUUUAUUGUGAGCUGUUUUUCGACAAGGUUCUCUACGCCAAGACGUCUUCCAAGACGAAGUCCGAUAUUUUAUUUUGGGGAGAGAAUUUUGCUUUCAAUGAUUUAUCAGAAGUGAAGACUGUUACAGUCCAAAUCUACAAAGAAACGGAUGGCAAAAACAAGAAGGAUAAAAGAAAGCCUGUUGGCUCCGUGGACGUGCCCGUCGACUCGUUGGAAAUGGGUGUUGAAGUAGAGAAGUGGUAUCCCGUUACCAUGGAGAGCAACAAGACCAAUGGAGGAGAAGCUUCCAGUAUCAGACUUCGAUUUAAAUAUCAGAAAGUCUCCAUCCUUCCAGUCAAGAGUUAUGUUGAACUGUCAGAGUAUUUAAAUCGCAAUUACAUGACAAUCUGUAAAGCUUUAGAGCCAGUGGUCAGCGUCAAGCAAAAGGACGAGAUUUCCAGAGUCCUUUUAAGAAUACUACAAGCUUGUGGAAAAGCGACAGAGUUUCUCUCGACUAUUGUUAUGGACGAAGUCAAUAACUUGGAGGAUGAAAACCUCGUAUUUCGUGGUAAUUCCUUCGCAACCAAAGCAAUGGAUUCUUACAUGAAAAUGAUCGGCGAAUCAUAUCUGCAAGACACUCUCGGAGAUUUUGUUCAGUCUGUGUAUGAGUUUGAAGAGGACUGCGAGGUCGACCCAUCAAAGAAAUCAUCCGGGAACCUCGAAUCCAAUAAGGAGAAUCUAAAGACUUUCGUAGAGAAAGCAUGGAACUUGAUCAUGUGUUCUGCUUGUCUCUUUCCCAGCGAUCUGCAAAUAACCUUCCACGAAUUCAGACGUUGGUGCGAAGGUAGAAGUGAAGAUCUGAGUACAAAGUUAAUCAGUGGAUCAAUCUUCUUGCGAUUCUUGUGCCCUGCUAUUUUAUCACCCAGCUUAUUCCAUUUAGUUCAAGAAUAUCCUAAUGAGAGAACCUCAAGAGCUUUAACACUGAUAGCCAAAGUAAUCCAGAAUUUGGCUAACUUCACCAGGUUUGGUGGAAAGGAAGAGUACAUGGACUUCAUGAACGGAUUUGUGGAAAAGGAAUUCGUAAACAUGAGAAAAUUUCUAAAUGAAAUAUCUUCAAGAACGUACACCACAGAGAAUCAUUACGAAGGAAUAAUCGACAUCGGACGAGAACUGGCUCUUAUGUUCAACAUGUUAAAAGAUCAAACCAGCAAAAUGAACCAGGAUGCCCUUGAGACGCUUCGCCCAUUGCAGUUUAUCCUCAAAUCUCUGCAGGAGAUUUAUCAUGAUUCCGAAAGGAAAUUCGCUGUCGGCAAUGAAAGCCUGGUAGCUCACAGGAAGUGGGCAUCAUCGUCGGAUCUUGUGAGUGAUCAAGACAAAAACAACAUCACUCUUACUCCCGUUUCACAAAUAAGGAUCAUGAAAUCACCGAACAAAAGGACUCAGAGUCCCCCAAUUAGAACAUCUUCGGAAUCUAACCUUGUUUUCAAUGGCGGCACGGCGGCGACGACCCCCGAACACUUAAUGACUUCUCGUUACGACGAAUCCAUUUUAUCGCCCAUUUCCGAUAUCGAUCCUCCAAGCUUAUCACCGCGACUACGAGCGAACUACGAUGAUGAUUUACAAAGCAGUUUUCGCCGACGAUCGUAUCGGAGAGCGAUCGCAUCCGACGAGGUAAGCAAAGCCAUUCCUGGUGCAAUCGAGCGAGAACGAAGCUCGUCCGAAAGACGUUCGCUGACGAGAAAUUCGGAUUCACAUCGGCGAUCUCAAUCAGAGAGCCCUCAUGUCAUUUCAAGUUUGGACAGCGGGAGUCCUACUGAAGCACGAGUUAUUUACAAAGAAGAAUUAUCAAACUCGCGAUCGAGUCUCAAAUCAAAAGAGAGCGCAAACCAUAGACACUACAGAGCUGUUUACGAUUCACGCCAAAGGGACGGCAAAGAUGGAUGCUUGAAACGAAGAUCACUGCCUCGUGGCGUGCCUCCUGGAAGCUCGCCCAUUAUAACAGAUCGAUCUCGAACUUCGUCACCCGAGCCUCCACCCCCCCCGAGGCCGACCGCGCCCAAGCCACUCCUUUCUUCAGCGUCUGUGGACCCAAGCCACUCCUCUCCUCGUCUGAACAACCAUGACUCAUCGAGGUUUCUCAAUCCCGCCGUUGGUCGUGUGGCUCGCAGCCCGUCGGGAACAAGUAGUAGUUCCAGUGGAAGUGAAGAGAGUUGGCACAGUGUUGGAAGUAGUGUCGAAGGAGGGGGAGGGGGAGGUGGAUUAGCCAGGAGGAGGGCGAGGAAGAUGCCACGGACACCUAGUCCAGAGGACAGAAGGAGGGGAUCUGGCAGCAAUCCUUGGGAGAGAAUGCCGCCCCGAGCUGAAGACGCAUUUGACAAUGGCUAUGACGUUCCGCCACCAAAAACAGUUGCAGAGUACGAGAAAGAACUGCAAGAUCUCCGAGAAGAGCUGUUGCAAACAAAGAGAACUCUGGCUUCUACCCACGAACAGCUCAUUUUACAAGAAUCCAGCACACACAAGCUGGUAGCAUCCUUCAAGGAAAGACUAGCGGAGAGCGAAAGUAGUCUACAACAAUUGAGACAAGAAAAAGACAAAGAAAUGAAAGAAUUACUCGACCGCUUGGUGAGCGUCGAGACAGAACUGCGCCAAGAACAGAGAGAAAUGCAAGAGGUGAUUCAAGCCAAGCAGGUCAUAAUUGAAGCUCAAGAAAGACGAAUCAAAUCAACUGACUCGAGCAAUGCCAAGUUGAUCGCCACUUUGAACCAGGUUGGUGGUUCACGAGCGAGCAACAAAGUGCUGAAUUAUCCGAGCAGUGACCUUUAGUCUGUUGAGGCCUGGUGACGGGUGGAAAAAACUCUAGACUUUUUGAGCCUACAAUAGAAUGUCCAACGGAUACACAGGGUCAUCUUUUCCAAGAAAGAUGUGGUUUGGACGAGAUGACAGUCUCGAUAGGCAUAAAAAGUGAAAUUCACAGAAAUACAUACCAAAAUACCCAAAAAA